CUAGUCACUCACCAAAAUGGGGGUACGAUAGGGUGUAUUUUUUUAUCAAGUCGCAAGACAUAAAAGAACAGUGAAUUGUGCUAUUUAACAGGGUUUUAACAAUUAAGAUGAGACUAAUAAAUGCCACAUAAAAUAUCAUCGCAUCGGUUAUCGUUUAUCACUUGCGUCGUCGUUGAAGAGACGCAACGCUUCGUUCUUUCUCUGUUAUAUUUUCGAUUUGACAUUUAACAAAAUCAAUAUACUUUUCCAUUAAAAUAUUUAUAUCAUCGUCACUAUUUUACGUUUUGAUAUUUCGUCGUUGUCGUUCGUUAUGUCCGGAGAUCAUAAAGCUGGAAUUAAAUACCCUUCGGAGUACGUUAAGCUCAAUAUCGGCGGUUCCCUACACUAUACAACUUUAGGUACACUUCAAAAACAUGACACUAUGUUACGUGCUAUGUUUAGUGGCCGCAUGGAAAUUCUAACAGAUCCUGAAGGAUGGAUUUUGAUAGAUAGGUGUGGAAAACAUUUUGGUACAAUUUUAAAUUUCUUAAGAGACGGUUCAGUCCCCUUACCAGAAAGCACAAAAGAAAUGGCAGAGUUACUAGCAGAAGCAAAGUAUUAUUGUAUUACCGAAUUAGCUGAAUCGUGUGAACAAGCUCUUCUCCGAAAAGAAAGGGAAGCAGAACCUAUUUGUAGGGUUCCACUCAUUACAUCCCAAAAGGAAGAGCAGUUGUUAAUUAGCAGUACUACUAAGCCAGUGGUAAAGCUGCUUAUUAAUAGGCAUAAUAAUAAAUAUUCAUAUACAAGUACAUCAGAUGACAAUCUGUUAAAAAACAUUGAAUUGUUUGACAAAAUGUCACUUAGAUUCAGUGGUAGAGUAUUAUUUAUUAAAGAUGUGAUUGGAUCCAGUGAAAUUUGUUGUUGGACAUUUUAUGGUCAUGGCCGUAAAGUUGCAGAAGUUUGCUGUCACUCUAUUGUUUAUGCAACUGACAAGAAACAUACAAAGGUUGAGUUUCCAGAGGCCAGAAUUUAUGAAGAGACAUUAAAUAUCUUAUUAUAUGAACACCGAAAUGGUCCAGACCAAGAAUUAAUGCAAGCAACAUCGUCACGUGGUGCAGUUAGUGGUGCACCACCUUGUACAUCAGAUGAAGAAGAGGGUGAGCGUUCAGGCUUGGCUCGCCUUCGCUCCAACAAACAAAACACCAACUGACCCAACCUUGCCCUUUUUACCCCUCCUAAUCCAGCGACUCUUAGCGUCGUUCGAGUCCUCGCCCUUAAGACGCGAGCCAAUAUAAAAUAGGGUGUAUGAAAGAGGAACAAGCGCAAAUUUCAUACAUAUAUGCAUAUAUAUACAUGUAUACAUGAAUAUGCAUAUAUAUGUAUGUGCGUCUCUUUCUCUCUCUCUGUCUAUAUUUCUAUUUCUAUCUUUCAUGCAAAAACUAAUGAACAACGUCGUUAAAAUUGGUUGUACGUACAAUGAACUACAUACCACUAAGUUUCACAUCACAGUCUUAUAUUUGCUUGGUAUUAUAUCUACAUAUCCUAAUUAUUUCUCAUAUCUGAAAUCAUUUGCAGAUAUUUUGAUUUUGAACGGAAUGACAAAUUCGUCUUGGAUUUAUUCAUACUUAUACUAUAAGGAAUAUUAUUAUAAAAGGAAAAAAUAUAUAAGGACACGAUUUCUAUUUCUUAUUUUCGCAUCCAGAGUUUGAAAAUAAGUAUUGUUAAGAGAACAGAGAUGCAAAUACUAUUAAUGUGCCAAAUGUUUGUGUCAGAAGUAAAACAAAAAGAAGUCGAAGUUGCCAUUCUAUGACUGAUGGAAUUAUUUACUAUAUUAUACUCUUCAACAACUUUUAAGCAGUUAUUUAAAGUAAUAAAUUGAAUAAACACCUUAUGGUACAUAGGACUGCAUUGUUACCUGUUAUAAGUAUUAUUAUUAUUAUUAUUAUAUUAUUGUAGUUAUCACUACUAUGUUAUUACUAUUAUCAUUAUAAAUUCAUCAUGUUUAAAUCUCUUUUUUUACAAGAAGCAAAUUCUCUGUGUCAAUAAAUUAAUAAAAUAAAAGAUGUGUUUGCUUGCAUUUUUUAACUGAAAAGCUCUAUCAAACUGCUUAAAAGAUGAUGCAGAGUAAACACUGCCAGUAAAAUAACUACAACAAAGUAUAUAAAAUUUUUCAACCAAAUGCAACUGAAAAAUGAAUUUAAACUACAGUUGAUUUUUCAACCUUGUUUAGUUUUGAACAUUGGUCCUUUAUUAUAAACAACAUGGUAACUUUUAUAAGCACGUAAGCUUUGUGUUAAUUUCUGUAUAUCAUUCCAAAAUGUGGUACAUUUCUUUUCAUAUUAAUACUUUUUACUUUACUUACAUACUUCAACUUAUAAAAACAAAUAGAUACAUUAUAAUUCAAUGAACACUGCAAAUUAAUAUAAUUCAUUGUUUGAUAUGGUGCAAACUUCUAUAUUUAAUGAAGGGACCAUAUGUAUUCCAAUUUCAUACCUACAGUUAUUUUGCUGUGGGCAAGCUUUUAUACAAAUGUUAUGUUAUUAAUUAUUUGUUGAGUUACUAAAUUCUCGAAUUAGAACUAUUCAUUCUCCCGAAUACAAGACGAUGUUUGUAUGUAUACAUUACAGCAAUACGAAAAAAGAAAAACGUAAGAUUUGGCAACAGAAGAGUUUAAGUUCCUAUAAUUUUAUGUAUAACAAAUGAAAAAAUUGUAGGUAGUUAGUGUCGUUCAUAUUCCGUAUUUAUUAUAAACCGCUAUAAUUAAUAAACAUUAUGUAAUAUGUAAGUUAAGCUAAAUGCAAUAUAUCUUAUGUUAAUGAAAAUAUUAUUGCUGCUUGCAUUUUUCAACCUCACAGUAGAGCACAGUUUUAAUGGCCUCCUUUGUCAGGUAAAACCGACACAAGCUUUAACAUUUGUUCAAAUUAUAUGUUUUUUAUAUAUAAAAUUAAUAGAAAUAGUUGUUGUCAAAAAUAAACUAGAAAUUGUACUGAUUAUUUAUGUUUUCUUUCAGGAAACUAGUACGUCCCAUCAAAAUACAUAAGGUAGCCAUGGUCCACUUAUAAAGUCGACGAAAUUUCUAAUCUAGCCACAUUGUACAGGUCGGCAUCGUUUCUGUUUUAUAGUUAUUCAAAAAAUAUAUCAAAAGUUUUGUCUUGUAUCCGGGUGAAUUAUUGUCUCUUAAAAUUUUUAAAUAACGUCUUUAUAUCUUUGGUUCAUAUUUUUGCAGACAUUUAUGUUCGGCUAAAAUUUUCAAGUACCGUACAAUAAUUUACGAAUUUACAGAUUUACUAAAAAAAUUAUUUUUACAUAACAGCAAAAAAUAUAUUAAAUAGAUCUAUUCGAUGUAUAGGUACCACUACAGCUAAACAAAAAAGAUAAUAAUAGUAUUAUAUGAUAACAUUUUAUGAAAAUCAUAUUAAAUUGUACUUUUUGUUUAGGUUUAUACUUAGGUAACAAUGAUAAGAUUAUGGUUGAUUAGUUCAAGCUUUAACAUAUUUAUGUCUGCAUACAUAUUUAUUAGGAAAAGACUGAUUUGCAGAAUAUUUUUCAACUUUCAUUUGGAGAAUCUUACAGAAUGU